CUAUCUAAAAAACGUGUGGAAAGUGACGAGGCAGGCGCUGUUUACCGGUUCACACCAUGAGUCCAUAACACAAUAGAUCUUCCUUUUCUCUGUCUACUCUCCACCACUCCACAUUUUGUUUGCUGCUUUUGUCUUUAAUUACCACUAUAGUUGUUUUUUUUUUAAUAUUGUUAUUGUUGUUGUUUACUACAUCAUUUUUUCUCUUUAAUCGCCGCCGACCAAGAAGAAAAAUAGUCGAGAUCGUGGAGAGAUUUGUUUAUUUUUUUUGAUUGAUCUGAAGGAAAUUGAGAUUUAUAUGUAUUUUUUUUCAGUUUUGGAUCUCCAAGGUUUUGAUUACAGUUACCGAUCCUGCAUUGUUGGAAAAUAACAAUAAUAAAAAAAAAACAGAAGAGGAACGGCAGGUCAUUUUGAAUGGGGGAUAAAUGUGCAGAAUAGAGAGAAAGUGUGGGGGAGGAGGAGGAGAGAAAGAUAAGGAGACUAUGGGGGUAGUUAAAGGAGUGGAAAAGAUUAGGAGUAGUAUAUCAAGGCCGUCUUCAAAAAUGAAGCUGUGGAUGAUAAGGGCAACGACGUCUGUUUUGUUGUGGACUUGUGUGGUUCAAUUGACGACGAUCGGUGAGAUGUGGGGUCCUAGGGUUUUGAAAGGUUGGCCUUCUUGUUGGCCUCCCCAAUCUGUCUCUGCCGCCUUGCAAGAGAAUGUUCCUACUGUCCCCGCUCGCGUUUUGCCACCAAAGAGGGUUUAUAAGAACAAUGGAUACUUGAUGGUCUCGUGCAAUGGAGGUCUCAAUCAAAUGAGAGCAGCGAUAUGUGAUAUGGUUGCUAUCGCGAGAUAUUUGAAUGUUACGCUUAUAGUACCAGAGCUGGAUAAAACCUCUUUUUGGGCUGAUCCCAGCGAGUUCCAAGACAUAUUUGAUGAGGAGCAUUUUAUCACAUCAUUGAGAGAUGAGGUUCGAAUAUUGAAGGAACUGCCUCCUAGGUUGAAGCAGAGAGUGGAACUGGGGAUGACCUAUACCAUGCCACCAGUUAGUUGGUCUGAUAUUUCUUACUAUCAUAACCAGAUUCUUCCUUUGAUAAAAAAGUACAAAGUUGUACAUCUAAAUAGAACUGAUGCUCGGCUUGCCAAUAAUCGCCAGCCUUUAGAGCUGCAGAAGUUGCGCUGCCGUGUGAAUUAUAGUUCUCUGAGAUUCACCACUCAAAUAGAGGAGUUGGGCAAGAGAGUUAUAAGGCUUCUGAGGCAAAAUGGUCCCUUCUUGGUGCUUCACCUUCGAUAUGAAAUGGACAUGCUGGCAUUUUCUGGCUGUAGUCAAGGUUGCAACAAUGAAGAGGUGGAAGAAUUGACAAGAAUGAGAUAUGCUUAUCCUUGGUGGAAAGAAAAAAUAAUAAAUUCGGACUUGAAGAGGAAAGAUGGGUUGUGUCCUUUGACUCCUGAGGAAACAGCUCUCACUUUGAGGGCACUGGACAUUGAUCCGAAUAUCCAGGUUUAUAUUGCAGCUGGUGAAAUAUACGGGGGUGAAAGGAGAAUGUCAAGUCUUGCGUCAGCUUAUCCAAAACUGGUCAGAAAGGAAACACUGUUGGAACCAUCAGACCUUAGGUACUUCCAGAAUCACUCAUCUCAAAUGGCAGCAUUGGAUUAUCUUGUUGCGUUGGAAAGUGAUAUUUUUGUCCCUACCUAUGAUGGAAACAUGGCUAAAGUUGUUGAAGGCCACCGCAGAUUCCUCGGCUUUAAGAAGACAAUUUUAUUGGAUAGAAGGCUUUUGGUUGAUCUGAUAGAUCGAUACACUAAUGGAUCGCUGAACUGGGAUGAAUUUUCAUAUGCUGUAAAAGAAUCCCAUUCUGAUCGGAUGGGGGGACCAAUGAAAAGGUUGGUGAUCCCAGACAGGCCUAAAGAAGAGGAUUACUUCUAUUCAAACCCAGAAGAAUGUUUGCAGUCAUCAGAUGAUCCGUUGAGUACAUGAUCGUUAUUUGAAGAACUUGUGCCAUUUAUCUGCCCCACAGUGCUAGCCGUUCUACCACAGAUCAACCGCUUGUUCUCUACUAGAGGUCCAGCGAUAGAGAAGUUUGUCUUCAAGAGGCAAUUGAACUAUAGGGUUGUGAACUUCAAGAAAGCAAGAGAUGAUCUGCGGAGCAAACCUAGGUUAGUGUUAUAAAAUAUACGCAAAUACUCCAAUUCAUGUAUAGAAAGCUCGCCUGCCAUUACAGGGCGAUGCCAAAUUGACAAGACUGGGUUUGGGUUGUACACGGAUGCAAAUAUAGUUGUGUUUCACCAGAACUGUCAUCUCGUGGAAGGAUAAUCCCAUUUUCCUUUGGCAUUUAUUUGUUUCUUUUGGAUCGUGUGCGAUCUUGUAAGUUCCUAGCAAAUAUAACUUUAUAGGAUUUUUGUUCGUACCA